AUGAUCUCAGAAAGGGAUUCGGAGACAACCUUCGAUGAGGAUUCACAGCCUAACGAUGAGGUGAUGCCAUACAGUGACGAUGAAACAGAGGAUGAGUUGGACAGUCGGCAGCCUGCGGUCGAAGCACGACAAAACCAAAUCAACAGAGAUGCCAAGGAGAGCCGAGAGCCAUUGAAAAAAGACUGCAGCUGGCAAGUUAAAGCAAACGAUCCACGCUUCUAUGAGCAGCCCCAGUUUAAGAGAACUGUAUUUCUGUGCUUCAAAAAAAGCAAAUAUGCCGGAAAUGCAAUUAAGACGUACAAGUACAACCCUAUCACUUUUUUACCACUGAAUCUGUUAGAACAGUUUAAAAGAGCAGCCAACUUCUAUUUCCUUGUUCUUCUCAUUUUGCAGUCGAUUCCCCAAAUCACUACCCUGUCAUGGUAUACGACACUGGUGCCCUUACUCUUGGUGCUGGGAAUAACCGCAGUCAAAGACCUAGUGGAUGACAUUGCUCGUCACAGGAUGGACAACGAGGUUAAUAAUAGGACAUGCGAAGUCAUCAGGGAUGGAAGGUUCAAAAACACAAAAUGGAAAGAUAUUAAAGUUGGUGAUAUCAUUCGGCUGAAGAAAAAUACUUUCGUUCCUGCUGAUAUUUUGCUGCUAUCCAGCUCGGAACCAAACAGUCUCUGCUAUGUAGAGACAGCUGAACUAGAUGGGGAGACUAACUUAAAAUUCAAAAUGGCCCUUGAGGUAACACACAGAUAUCUUCAAGAGGAAAGUGCGAUGGCAGACUUUAAUGGUCUGAUCGAAUGUGAAGAACCUAAUAACCGACUGGAUAAGUUUGCAGGAACGUUGUUCUGGAGAAACACAAGUUAUUCACUGGAUGCUGAUAAGAUUUUAUUACGUGGAUGUAAAAUUAGGAAUACAGACUUCUGCCAUGGAAUGGUUGUAUUUGCAGGUGCUGAUACAAAAAUAAUGAAAAAUAGUGGAAAGACAAAAUUUAAAAGGACAAAAAUCGACUCCCUUAUGAAUUACAUGGUUUAUACUAUUUUUGUCGUCCUCAUCCUGCUGUCGGCUGGCCUUGCCAUCGGACACACGUACUGGGAGCAGCAGAUUGGCAACGCGUCUUGGUACCUCUACGAUGGACAAGACUUCAGUCCUCCGUAUCGUGGCUUCCUUAACUUUUGGGGAUAUAUCAUUGUUCUGAACACCAUGGUUCCCAUUUCCCUCUACGUGAGCGUUGAAGUGAUUCGUUUGGGCCAAAGCUAUUUUAUAAACUGGGACCUGCAAAUGUAUUACCCGGAGAAGGACACGCCUGCGAAGGCCAGAACCACCACGCUGAACGAGCAGCUGGGGCAGAUCCACUACAUCUUCUCUGAUAAGACGGGAACGCUUACGCAGAACAUCAUGACGUUUAAAAAAUGUUGCAUAAACGGCCAGAGAUACGGAGACUGGCGGGACGGAGCGGGGCAGCUUCAGAGCCACCCAGAGCAAGUGAAUUUCAGCUGGAACAUGUACGCAGAUGGGAAGUUCUCAUUCUAUGAUCACUAUCUGAUAGAGCAAAUAAAAUCUGGAAAGGAGCCUGAAAUUCAGAAGUUCUUUUUUCUGCUUGCCAUUUGUCACACAGUCAUGGUUGACAGUUCUGAUGGUCAGCUCAAUUAUCAAGCAGCUUCCCCGGAUGAAGGGGCCCUGGUUAUGGCAGCCAGAAACUUUGGCUAUGUUUUUCUUUCACGAACACAAAAUACUAUCACUAUAAGUGAAAUGGGAGUCGAAAGAACUUACGAUGUCCUUGCUAUCUUGGAUUUCAACAGUGAUAGAAAACGGAUGUCUGUCAUUGUAAGAGAAUCAGGUGGAAAUAUCAGGCUAUAUUGUAAAGGGGCUGAUACAGUAAUUUAUGAACGGUUGCACCCAAGGAAUCUAAAGAGAGAAGCUACACAAGAAGCACUAGAUAUUUUUGCAAGUGAAACUCUUAGGACGCUCUGCCUGUGCUAUAGAGACAUCAGUCAUGAUGAAUUUGAAGCAUGGAAUAAAAAACUUGUGGAGGCCAGUGUAGCUACAACUAAUCGUGACGAAGCUCUGGACAAAGUAUAUGAGGAAAUAGAAAAAAAUUUGAUUCUGCUUGGUGCAACAGCUAUUGAAGACAAACUACAGGAUGGCGUUCCAGAAACUAUUUCCAGACUUUCAAAAGCAAACAUUAAAAUAUGGGUGCUUACUGGCGACAAAAAAGAAACUGCUGAAAAUAUUGGAUAUUCUUGUGAACUGUUAACAGAUGAAACAACAAUCUGCUAUGGAGAAGAUAUCAGUGCUCUUCUUCAAACUAGGUUGGAAAACCAGAGGAACAGAGCUGGAUCAAAUACACGUUCCUCUCUAAGAAUGAACGAGCCUUUCUUCCAGGGUAGCAGAGAUCGUGCUUUAAUAAUCACUGGCUCCUGGUUGAAUGAAAUCCUGCUAGAGAAGAAAAAGAAGAAAAAGAAACUCAAGCUGAAAUUCCCUAGAACAGCAGAGGAGGAAAAAAAGCAAACUGAGAAGAGAAGAAGGGCUGAAGCUUACAAAGAACAGCAGCAGAAGAACUUUGUUGAUUUGGCCUGCGAAUGCAGGGCUGUGAUCUGCUGUCGCGUGACUCCGAAGCAGAAAGCCAUGGUGGUCGAGCUUGUGAAGAAGUACAAGAAAGCUAUUACUCUGGCAAUUGGGGACGGUGCCAAUGAUGUAAACAUGAUUAAAACUGCCCACAUUGGAGUUGGAAUCAGUGGCCAAGAAGGGAUGCAAGCCGCCAUGUCAAGUGACUACUCUUUUGGGCAAUUCCGCUACCUCCAAAGACUGCUGCUGGUGCAUGGACGAUGGUCUUACAUUAGGAUGUGCAAGUUUUUGAGAUAUUUUUUCUACAAAAACUUUGCUUUUACACUAGUCCACGUCUGGUAUUCAUUCUUUAAUGGCUUUUCUGCCCAGACAGCAUAUGAAGACUGGUUCAUCACGCUGUACAAUGUAUUGUAUUCCAGUCUCCCGGUUCUGCUGGUUGGCUUAUUCGACCAGGAUGUGAGCGACAAAUGGAGUCUUCGGUUCCCUGGACUGUAUGUUUUGGGACAGAAAGAUUUACUUUUUAACUACAAGAAAUUCUUUUUAAGUUUGCUUCAUGGAGCUAUAACUUCAUUGAUAAUCUUCUUCAUACCGUACGGAGCUUACCUUAAAACUAUGGGGCAAGACGGAGAAGCACCUUCAGAUUAUCAGUCCUUUGCUGUCACAGCAGCAUCUUCUCUUGUAUUUGUCGUCAACUUUCAGAUUGGCUUGGAUACAUCUUACUGGACUUUUGUUAAUGCUUUUUCAGUAUUUGGGAGUAUUGCACUUUACUUUGGUGUCACAUUUGACUUCCACAGUGCUGGAAUCCACGUUCUCUUUCCUUGCUUUCAGUUCACAGGAACUGCUCCAAAUGCUCUGAGACAACCGUACCUCUGGCUGACCAUGAUUUUGACAAUUGCUGUUUGCUUACUUCCCGUAGUGGCACGGCGUUUCUUAUCAAUGACAAUUUGGCCUUCGGAAAGCGAUAAAAUUCAGAAGAACCGCAAGAAAUACAUGGCAGAAGAACAACAGUCAAGGCGAAGGCAGAGUGCUUUCCGCCGAGGGAUGUCUGGCCGUCGUUCUGCUUAUGCUUUCUCCCAUCAGCGGGGGUACGCUGACCUUAUUGCUUCGGGACGCAGCAUACGGAAGAAACGGGCUCCUUUAGACGCAGUCCUGGGCAACAGUGUGACAGAAGGCAGAGAUGCCCGUGAAACAAGCUGA